AUGGAAUAUCAGAAAUAUUUUAAAUACUUUUGUUUAUUUGUUCUAUGUACAUUUUUAUUUUAUUUAUUUGUUACAAAUGAUUAUACUCGUAUAUUAGUAUCAUUAAAAAUACCUUUCAUAACUUCACUUAAUAUUAUUAAUUCAUCUAGAGAAAAUUUUCUAAUAAUAAAUCAAACAAAUAAUUCAAUUAUUAAAUUAUCAUCAAUAACAAAUCAAUUUGAAACUCGUCUUUCUGAUUAUUAUCCUCGUUUACCUAUUCAUAUUUUUACUCAAAAUUUAUCACUUACAGGCAAUACAAGCAAACUUAUUUUAUUAGGAAAUGGAUUUUUUGGUACUCGAGAUUGGGGUAUUGCUUCAUCAAGUCGAUCAUCAACAGAAAAAAUGACAGCAAUUCAUUGUCCAUUUUUAUCUAACUAUUGUGAUAUAACAACCGAUAAUGAUCGUUUUUCUGAAGCAGAUGCUAUUGUUUAUCAUAUGCGUGAUGGUAUUGAUCUUAAUCGUGCAAAAACAAACCGUCAUCCUAAACAACGUUUUGUAUUUGCUUUAUGGGAAUCACCAGCUCAUACACCUAAUUUACAAUCUUAUAAUCAAUUUUUUAAUUGGACAAUGACUUAUCGAUUUGAUUCUCAUAUAAUAACAUCAUAUUAUUCUCAAUAUGGAUAUAUUCAUACAUCAAGUUCUUAUUAUAAAUUAAUAUUAAAUGAAAAUUCUACACGUAAACUUAAUUAUAAUAUAAGAAAACUUGAUCAUCAACCAUCUGAUGAAAUAUUACAAAAGAAAAAAUUAGGUACAGCUGCUGCUUUAAUAUCAAAUUGUGGUGGUAGUAGUCAACGAUUAGGAUUUAUAAAUAAAUUAAAACAGUAUAUUGAUGUUAAAGUUUAUGGACGAUGUGGAGAAUCAUGUCCAGCAAAAACAAAUUGUCGAAAAUUUAUAGCUGAAAAUUAUUAUUUUAUUCUUAGUUUUGAAAAUAGUCUUUGUUCAGAUUAUACAAGUAAGUUAAGAUACCCUCAAAAAACGGAAAAAUAUAAGUAAAAAUUUUGAUAUCCUAAUAUUUUUAUAUAAUUGAAUAGAACUUAUCAAGCUGUUACAUUCAUUGAAAAUAAUGAAAAAAUAUUUGAAACUAAUUUAUUCAGCAUCAAAAAAAUGUUUACACAUCAUCUGAACAAUCAAAUGAAAGCGAAAGAAAGUUCGUAUGGAUUUAGAAAAAUAUUGUUUCCUUGCUAAGAAAAUCAAUUCUUUCGAAAUUGGUGGUAAAUGGUAAAAGAAUUGCAUUGGUAUUUCAAUGUUUGAAUCUUGAUAUUUGAUUUUUUCAUGCAAAAUAAACAUGAUAUUCUGAAUCAGUAUAUGAAACUGUAUCACGUAACAUAUAUUUUAUCAAAAAAAUAUCUUUUAUCGAAUAUUGACCUGUGAGGCGCCAUAUGAUCAAAUUGACUAAAAGAAGUGCUGAGAGGAGUACAGUCGAAUUUUGAUGAAAAAUAUUUUUUGAUAAAAUAUAUACUAAUUCGACAGAUGAGAAAAUCCCGUCUGAGAAUCGAUUUUUUUAAAACAACUUCUAUCGCUUAUUAACCGCGUAUCAGUCCCGAAUUAGAAAAAUCUUGAUCAAACAGCUAAUAAGAAAGAAUAGUCUAUUGAAAAAUGCAUUUCUUUGUUGAAAACAUGUUAUGGAAUCACUUCAAUACUUGUUUGUAGCAUAAUCUGAAAGAAAACUCUCUAGAUGAAAAGUGAACAUAUUCAGUAAAAUCUGUUUGUGUAGUCAUUUUAAAAGGUCUAUUCGUCUUUGCACUUUCUUCUAGAAAUUCAGAAACAUUUUUAUCACGAAACUGUGCAUUCAUAAUUAAAGAUAACAUAUGUUCAGAUAUACACGCUGAGAUUUGUUUUAUAAAAUUUUUCUUCUAACGAGGGAACCUUUUCAACUGUCCAAUCGCUUUUGAGUUCGAACUCA